AUGAAGAAGGGGAGCAAAAAGAAGGCCCUACAAAUAAACGAGGAACCAAAGUUAACCUUAGGUGAUGUGAGGGAUCGUUUAUGGCGCGCCAUUCCCUGCGUUGCGGAAGCCCUCAAGACGGAAACAAACGCAGAUAAGGACGAGGAGAAGAACAAGUCUUCUACCAACCAGGAAAUAUCCGAUUUCGCCAAUGACGUGACCCUUUCUUGCGAUACGAUGCAACACAUCGUCCGCUGCCUCUACAUGUCGACACAUGCGAACCCAACUCCUGACGAUGUUGAUCAGGAAGUUCUUUCAGUCUUUGGCGGGUCGCCGAUGAUGCAGCAGGAAUGCUACUCACAAAAAGAUCUUUACCAUUUUUUAGACAAUAUACCGAGUCUAUGGCUUCCACAUGCAGUGCUUACCACGGAAGAUGCACUCGUGCAGCUCAACCUAAGCCUCGUGGAUUGCAUCACCACAGAUGAGCCACCGAUAACAAUUAUAGAUGAUCCUUACAAAACCUUGUUACUUAGUCCUUCUUUAUGCAGUCUAAAGAUGCUUACAACUCCUGUGGCAUCCUUCGUAACGCUUACUCCGCAGCCUUUACAUAAAGAAAUAUUUUGUACCCUUUGGGAAUAUAUUCACUCUGCUAGAAUCGAGGAGGCCACAUUGUCGACGCCUGAGCAACCAGAUGCUCUCACGGCAAGUCAGUUCAAUGUAUUUUUCGCAUGGUUCAUGCGCUUGCAUUUUUCAAAUUCGUCGUCCCAGCGCUUAGAAGUAGCGGGUCACAAUAUCUGGCUGGAGUUUCUUAAUGAGAAGGGUGAGAUGGAUAUUGAAAGUUUUAAGCGUGCUUGUAGCUUUAUCUGUAGACGCUACGCGCAGCAACUGAGCACGACACGUUAUCUUGAGAAGCUUCUGUCUAUGACGCAAGCACAUCUCAGGACUGAAGAGAAGGAUAAUCUGAACCCUCUGACAGCAACCAACGCUGAGGAUGUACAAACUGAGCAGCCCCGUCGGCGGCUUGAGGAUCCUACAUUACUGUACAUGCCUGAAGAUCUACGACGCUGGCGGCAGGAGAGUGCUUUUUAUAACAGUGGUCCCUCUGAAAAUCGGAUCCUGAUUCACGGUCCCCGUUUCAUGGGCAAAAAAACAGUUGGAAAGUUUCUCGCCGAGAGGCUGCAUGCGGCUCACUUGGAUGUUCUCGAACUCGCUACAAAAGCGAUAGCGAACGCGUCAAGCGGAGAUGAAUUGGGCCGACAGCUGCUUGAGCUCGUGGAGCACGCCACCUCCAUUCCGCUAUCUCUCCAAGCGGCGCUGAUUCAUCGUGAGGUAGUCAGCCGAAGCACGUAUGGAGGUUAUGUGUUUAGCGACUCUCUUUCUCUGACUGCAAGCAAUAUGGAUACAGUGGCUCAGUUUCUUAAGGAUUGCGGGAUAGCAGGAGUCGCAAUUCCGAGCGUCUUUCUGGAGAUAUCCUCUACAGACACAGGAUGGAUUCAAGAGGUUCAGAAAAAUUUUACUGCAUCGAGGAGUUCAAUUGAUGAAGCGCUGUUGGCGCGCUACAAUGCGAAGCAGGAGCGACUGCGGCAAGAGAAAGAAAGGUCUGAGAUGAUAGCUUCUCACGAGGAGGCCUUAGCGCACUUUGCACAGCUUCAGAAUGACAGGAAUAUUCCUGAAGAGGAACUGGCCAAGGCCCGCGAGAGAGCAGCUGAGGCAGAGGAAAUGCUUGCUUUUUUGUCGAGCGAAGGCCAGGACGAAGGGGGCAGAUUCACUCUGGAGGGUCAACAGUUGCCAGAUGACGAACCAGAUAAUGAAAAUGAGGCUGAUGCUCAACAGCUCCAGUGGAUGCUCGGUCGACUCAUCGAAAGUGGCCGUGCAUCUCUACACAACACUGUCGAGACAACCCCACAUGAGGUACCACCCUCAUACACGAGCCUUCCGGUUCUGAAUCUUGCGGUCGAGCGUGCUUCCCUUCGCAGUGCCAUUCUCAUGGUUGACGCAACGUCGAGUGUUGAAGAUAUUCUCACCUACGCGAUGCACAGUCUGGACUUAAAACCCACCUUGUUGGUUAACGAGGUAGGAGUCGGCGGAGGGCUUGAUGGGGCCUCCCCGGACACCCUGCGGAGCGAUAAGGCCAUGACGAAUGGCUUCCAGUACUCUCCCACUUGGAAACGUUUUUGUCCUGUGACCUGUGAGGAGGACCACGUGCUCAUAGAAGGUUCACCAGCUUUUGGCUGCACCCUCCGUUCGUACUUUUACACGAUGGCCUCACACGAAAAACUUGAACGAUUCAAGCAAAACCCGCUUUUCUACCUUCGGCGCAGGCCGGCAAGUCGGGAGCCAAUCUUUCUCAUAGCGAGUGAUGAGGAGCUUCAAGGAGGGCGCAAAGAUGAUGUGGCAGGCUUGGAGCUACACUCCUUAAUCAAACGGCUUGCCCAUUCUCUGCAGCUCACCCCAAUUCCUCUCCUCGACUAUGCUUCUUCUCACAGCCAGUACCGUGAGCUGCGCGAUAAACGUGGGGCUGUUUUUUCGAGCCGCGUUGAAUUUGAUAAAGAGGAGCGACAGCAACGUACCGUUCGGCUAGAGAAACGCCUUCGCCUAGAAGCAAGACGAAGGCGAAGUACAGGUGCCAAGAAGCCCAAAAUCAUUAAGCAACCUAAUAGGAAAAAAACUGCUUCUCUUUCUGUGCAACAGGAGCCCCCCUCUAAGGUAACAUUUAUGGUAGCGCAACAACCGGAAAGCGUGACGGAGGUUCUGGACCAGGAAAUUAAUAAAAUUCGAGAAAAACAGAAGAGCAGUUUACCUGUUCUUAUAACGGCACUGAAUCCGCAGGAUCACGAUCCUACGGUGUUGGAGCUAUUGCUCAGGGAGAACACAAUUCCGAAAAAGGUGAUUGCGCUUCGGCGCGGAGCCUCUCCCACGCUGUUAGAUGGAGAAAAUGAGGACAACGCUAAUCUUGAUGACACGUUCGAUAAGACUGCUUCUUGGCAACACAGUUCGUCUUUCCAUGCCCAAAUUGUUGAAAAAAUUAGGGAGCACCAGGGUAGAGGCGACUAUGACUCCUCUGAGUCCAUUCAGAUACACGAGAUCGAUGUGCUGGGUAUGUCUGAGCAAGAGUUACUUUGGGAUAUCUGGCAACGUGUCAGCCCUGCUGCAGUUCAGGCGACUCCUGGUUCUGUUGAUGAGAAUCUCGGUGCUGAAGAGGAUGAAGAGGGGGAGGAAUUUAUGGAUGAGGAGGAUGAAGACGGAGAAGAGGAGAACAAAGAGCUCAAGGCUCUCUUAGCCACAUCCGAGAAGAUUGAGCCUCUCUUGAAGCCUCAGCGUCGUUUUCUUCAUCAGUUCGGCUCGCACCUACAGUAUUGCCCUGUGACUCUCUACACGAAGCAUCUUCUUGUACGGGGUAGCAAUGACCUUUGUCUUUCCUUCCUUGGCGAUUUGUAUUGCUUUGCUAACGAAGAAUGCUUGAACCAAUUCCAGCAAAAUCCGCUUCGAUAUGUUAAUGACGUCCCGCCACAGAAUACACCUCCUCGACUCUGGGUGGUGGGCGCAGCGUUUUCUGGCAGACAAACGUUGAGCGCCGGGAUUCGUCGCGAGUUUGGUAUUCCUUUCUUCAGGUAUGAUACAGAUUUUCUCGAAAGUUGUAUUGAAGCCGCAGGCACACCCGGUGGAGCAAAGGUCGGAGAUAUCUUCAUCCCGGAGGCUGACUUAUCUCGUAGUUCUGCGGCGGCUCGUGGCACCAAGAUUCUUCACGAGCUCCGCGAUUUUGCGUCUGAUCACGAGCGGCGCCUCAAGCUCCGCGAGGAGGCAGAGAGAGAGCUCGAGAUGAUGGCAGAGCGCGCGGAUGACGACGAAGAUGAUGAGGAUGUUGCGGCGCGAGAGGCGGAGUUGCAGAGUUAUCUGGAGUUCGAGCCGGAGGAUAUGGAAGCCAAGCAAGAGCGCCUGAACGACGCCUACUUGCGUAUCCUUGCUUGCGUCACUCGCAUAGAGCCGUUUGAGUCACAGGGCUACAUCAUGAUCUGCUCACCCUUUUCAGAUACUGGGAUGGAUAUUCUCUUCGAGGAGGGUUGCAUCCCCGAGGUAGUGGUCUACUUGGAUGUGCCAGAGGAUGUGCAUGCGCAGCGCGCUGGGAAGGUGAUUGAACAACGCCGGAGGGAGUCUGUGUUGCACCCUACCGAGGCGCAGAUUGUUGAAAUGGAGGAGCAUGCCAGGCUACGUUUAAAAGAACUAGAACAAAAGAAGAGGGAAAGUGCACUGCAGCUGUGGCGCCGUCGCCACAUCGGUGCUAACGACGAUCCCGUUGAAACUCAUCUAAGCUCCUCGGAGGCUGAGGUAGCGAUUGGGGGGUCCCAACAGAGACCUGGUGACCUGCAAGGUGGAGGACAGAAGGGUGACAACUCCUGGCCUUUGUUCAGCGCGGAAGUCGAGGCCGUUGAGGAGUUUUUGGAGCUUCUCGAGGAGCGUUUGGUGGACGUGAUGCGUGUGCCGGGCGGUGCAGGGCCCGAGACCGUGUUACAGACUGCCAAUGAACUUCUCCAGCGCCACCUCUGCAACCGAGGCUCCUUUUUCUGCUCCCCACAGGUAGUGCGGUACGAGUUUUCGCAAGAACUGCUGAGGACUGGACGAGCGACGGAGUCUUGCUUUGGGCAGACGGACUCGGUUGAACUUUUCGAAAGACGCAUGGGGAUGUACCAGCCUUGUCGAUACAAACCAGCGGGUAGCUGCAAGUGGAGCGCGCCAGAGCCCUCUAGCGAAACAACCGAAAGCAUGGGAGCAGAUAAUAUGAGCACUGAGGGCCAACCAGUACUCCUGGACGACAUGGAAGAGGUUGAGGAAGAGAUGUCGGAAUACAGUGCAGGGGAACUAGAAGAGAUGCGCGGCUUUGCUGAGUUCAAGCGAGAGAGGUGGAGCCGGUUAAUGUCGCCGAAUUCAGUUCUCUUCGCAGAUCGCGUGUACUACUUCAGGAGGUUUAGUACGCUGAAAAAGUUCCUGCGAAAUCCCAUUCUUUACGUUUCCCAACCACCGCCCCCUCCCAAGCUAGACUCGAUGCCGGCCGUUGCUAUCUUUGGAGGAGACAUCCGUGAGAAUCAAUAUGUUGCGCCAGACGAUGGCGUGAAAAGGAGAUCUUUGGCGGAAUCUAUCGCCUAUAACCUUAAUGCUGUUUUCAUUUCAGUCCCGAAACUGCUCUCGUGGGCUGCAAUACAUCCACGGCUUGGGUCACUUUCGGCACAAGCGAUUCAUGCCGCUUUUUCUGGCCGUACGGAUUAUAGUAUUAUCGAGCGGCUAUUCUCUCUUCGUCUUGGUGGAGCUGAUGUAAAAUUGAAAGGGGCAAUCCUAUCGGAUUGGCCUCGUGACGUGCCUGGUGUGGAUCGUGUCGUUAAGCAUCCUCUCAUGACGCUGAUUGCGCGAGCCGUUUGUAUUGGCGACGCACCCUCUUGUUCUCAAGACAUGCAAUUUCUUCCUUUGUACUCUGCAGUUCAGCACCGACUUGACGAACUCUUUCUUUAUGUUCAAGAUGUCAGCCCAUCAAAUUCUAGCGACCCGAAGGAUCCUGCCAAUCUAAUCAAAUUGGUUAGGGAUGUUGAGUCGCUUUUGGAGCGUGGUCGCAAGGCCUUGCUUUGUAGUCGCUUCGCCUUUCCGGUAUCCGUGUCGAACCUUUGGAAAUUCCGUGAGGAGGUGGUCGCGCACAUGUCAAUUUACCAGUGGUACUGCCCUUAUUCAUGGAUUGAGGAGGAUGACUUAGUUGACACGCGAUUCUGUGAGGGUCUGUGGACUGCCCAGUAUCUUGGUGAGUACUACUUCUUCAGUAGCGAUGUCUAUCUGCAGCGCUUCCUGCUGGAUCCGCAUGUUGUGGCGGAGCCUGCGAUGCGACGCCCGCUUCCACGUCAUCUACCAGUACGUAUUUUCCGUACUUUUUCCGAUGACGAAGCCUGCAACUUAGCAUUACUGGGCUGCUGUCCAGUGCUUUUGUAUGACACUCGUGAUAGCUACGGGCUACGCGGUGUGAAGGAGGCGACCGCGAAGCUAGGCUCUCUUUCCUGUGUGGUGGAGUAUAACGGCAAGUACUACGCCUGCUUAGACGAGACCAAUAAGGAUCGAUUCCUCAAACGGCCAUGGCAGUACAUUGAUGCGGAGGUUCCGCUACCGCCAUCGCACAAAUGCCCCCUCUUGCCGAUCGCAUGCAAAGAAAAAGAGGCUGAGCUCCGUCGGACUAUGGACGGGGAAACAUACAUUAAGCGAUACCUAUACGACCGAGUAGCACGCGCGAUGUUGGCGGCGGCGGAGGUGCGGCCUAUGUACCCCGGACUUUCUGUCGAGGAGUCGGUGCUCAAGUACAUGGCUCUCUACUUGAAGGCUCAUCGUGAGGACGCUAAUGAGCUGCAGAGAAAACAGUACAUGGAGAAACUCAAUCUUUUUACUGAGCGAAGUACGCUUUGCAGACACAUCGGCCAGUCGCCUCUGCACUGCUUUGGAGAGAACUCUAAGAUUAGGGAGUUGUACACCGAGUAUGAUGAGGUGCUGAAAGGGGUUGAAAACGUGUCAGAGAUGAACCAUCUCAAGAUGCAUUCUGAUGUGAAGCAAUAG